AUUGCUCUGGCUGCGUUAUGGUGGCUGUGCGUUGACGGUGCGUUUGUAGUGCUCAAUGGUGGUGUUUUAACAUGUAGUGGUCGGCCUUGCUAGUGGUGUUGUGCUUGUGUGAUUGAUUAGACGAAGCAGUUGGUGUGAUACUCCGCAUCUGUUGUGCCCUGAGUGAGACAUGGGUAAGGUGAGACGAAGUAAGAAGCCCCCUCCCGAAGGCUGGGAGCUGAUCGAGCCCACACUGGACGAACUGGAGCAAAAAAUGCGCGAAUGUGAGACAGAGUCACACGAAGGCAAGCGCAAGGUGGAGUCUCUGUGGCCCAUCUUCAAGAUCCACCACCAGAAGUCCCGAUACGUGUUUGACCUCUUCCACAAGCGGAAGGCCAUCAGCAAAGAGCUUUACGAGUACUGCAUCCGGGAGGGCCUCGCUGACCGCAACCUAAUGGCCAAGUGGAAGAAGCAGGGCUACGAGAACCUGUGCUGCCUGCGAUGCAUCCAGACCAGGGACACCAACUUCGGCACCAACUGCAUCUGCCGCGUCCCCAAGGCAAAGCUCGAGGAGGGCAAGAUAGUCGAGUGUGUCCACUGUGGCUGCAGAGGGUGCUCUGGAUGAAGAAUUUGUCUCAUCGCUACCAUUACCAGAAGUUGAUAUGCAGUGUCGCCUAUAAAGCUGUCCCAUUUCUACUACCACAAA